AAGAGAACGCGCGCUUCGAUUGCCUGCUAUCUUUAUUUUUGACUUUUGAUUUCUGCUUUCUUCUAGCUCAGCUGUGACACGCAGGACCGUCGCCACUCCACCAACGUCGCAAAGAUCUGCUUCGAUUUCGUCGCCGCUCACAGCAAAUAGCAUCAUCAUGGGCGACGUCGCACCUUCCUCGGCCCCGUUCUCGGUCCGAAGCGCCGCCGUGGAGCGCAACACCAACGAGACAAAGAUCAAGUGCAGCCUGAGCCUCGAUGUGCACCCGCAGCUGGCGCCUCAGGUUAUCAGCGUGAGGACGGGCAUCGGCUUCCUUGACCAUAUGCUCCACGCGCUCGCAAAGCACGGCGGCAUGUCGCUGUCGAUUGUCUGCGAUGGCGACCUGUGGAUCGAUGACCACCACUCUGCCGAGGACUGUGCCCUGGCACUGGGAGAGGCCUUCAAGGCAGCUCUGGGGCCUGUAAAGGGCAUCAAGCGCUACGGCACCGGGCAUGCGCCCCUCGACGAGGCACUGUCCCGCGCCGUCAUCGACAUCUCGUCGCGGCCCUACUGCGUCGCCGAGCUCGGCCUCAAGCGCGAAAAGAUUGGCGACCUCAGCUGCGAAAUGAUUCCUCACAUCUUUCACAGUUUCGCCAUGGCUGCCGGCGUCACGCUCCACGUUGACUGCCUCCGUGGAGACAACGAUCACCAUCGUUCCGAGUCAGCGUUCAAGGCUUUGGCGCUCGCCAUCAAAGAGGCUGUCUCGCGGACCGGUCUCGACGACGUCCCCUCCACAAAAGGCGUUCUGUGAAUGCGGUCGGAUCUCUCUCGCUUUGAAACGGACUUGGUCUACCCAACUAUCAUAGGGGAGAUCUGAUGUAGAAUACAUUGCCUGGGAUUGGACUUUAAUUUUGACUUUGACACACAAAGG